UUGGGAGCCACGUAAAAUUAGGGUCGCCCUUCUUCUUCUCGAGAUCGUCAUUUGACAUCGGAAGAAUCUUCUUCAGUGCCCAGAAAGAAUAAAAAUGGCGGCAAUCAGAACGAUGACGAACAUGAUUCUACGCGAGUUUAGCCAUCAUCCACUUCUCCUUCACUCUUCAUCGAAAUCGUGUCAAUCUCUUUUGCCAUGUCUCCGUCUCACUCCCCUAAUUGCUCCAAUUCACUCUAAUUCCCGAUUUGGAUCCAUCCGAUGUGUGGCGUCUACCUCCGGUGGAAGCAAUGGUGAUCGUAAAGUCUCUUCACGGUUGUCUCAGGUUCAACAGAUGCUUCAUGAAGCUGAAGAGAGAGCUAAUUCCGCUGGCAAUGAACCUACUCCUCAAAUCACUCUUGACCAUGUUACACUUAACUUUGCUAGAAGUGGUGGUCCUGGAGGCCAGAAUGUGAACAAAUUGAAUACCAAAGUAGAUAUGCGCUUCAAUGUGAAGAACGCCUACUGGCUAAGUGACAGGAUCAGAGAGAAAAUCAUACAAACGGAGAAGAAUCGGAUCAACAAGGACGGUGAACUUGUGAUAUCUUCAACCAAAACCAGAACGCAGAAAGGCAACAUUGACGAUGCACUUGAAAAACUACAGGCGAUAAUUAAUGCGGCUUCGUAUGUUCCACCUCCACCAUCAGAAGAACAGAAGAAGAAAAUUGUAAAGCUGGCUGAGAAAGCUGACAAUAAACGACUUAAAAGCAAAAAAGUUCUUUCAGACAAGAAAUCUUCGAGAAGAAGCCGUGGUAGUUACGAUGAUUAAACUUAAAACCAUACAAUGACGUCCAGAGCUUCUUGCUGCAGCAACAUGAGCGAUUUCUAGACCACCGGAAACUGGAAGAGUCACUGUUCUUACAACAUUCCGGUCACUAAAUGCUUUUGUCCAACUGAAACAUGAAGUGCUUCUUCGGUAACCGCUUCUGCAUACCACAACCGCACCUCUGCUUCCAAACACAGCGUUUCUCAAAACGUUUGCUGCGAAAUCCUUCUGAUCCCAGUCAACUACCAAGAAAUCGAUUCCUUGUAGCGUCAGCAUCGUGUGCUCCAAUUCUUCUUCUUCCUCAUUCAUAAUAAUCGUCUCCGGCAAGUUUGAGCAAGAUUGUUCUGCCAUGGCUUGAAGAUAAGCAGUUUGUGAUCUUGCGUUUGGUACAAUACAAAUGUGUCUUCCGUUUGUGUGUCGACUCGCUAUGGUUAAGCCUAUGCUUAUGGCUAUGGUUUCUCCUUCUGACCAUGUUUCCACGAUUAAAUUCGCGUUCCAUCCUGCCGCCAUCGCCGCCACUAGCUCUGCCGCUCCCGGCGUUCCAAGAUUUUCACACUGCAAAAGUUGCCCAAAAAUAAUAUAAAAAAACGUUAAAAUUGUUACAAGAAGGCCAAAACGUGCAAGAUUAAAGGAUACGAAAAAACUUUCAAAUCUA